CAGCUUCAACGAAAGACACUCGAGCAAUUGCAUUUUCCUCAACAUCUGGCUUGUCAGUCUUUCAUGAAACCUUCCUUGUGCUGCUUCUCCGUGCAUCGCCGUUAAUAUGGCAUCCUCCAAUUCUUUGUCGACACGAAAGCGUUCUCGAAUUCAGGAGGAGGAGGAGGACCUGGAUGAACUGACUCCUCGGAAACUCAGUACCACGACGCCUGUAUCUACGACGUCGAAGAAGAGAAAGAUAACAACUUACGAAUCUGCGAACGGAAAUAGCUUGUUCUCGAGUCCCAAGAAUAUGAUCAAGAAAUUCCUUGGUUUUGGUGGAGGCACAAACGAUGCAGACGAAUUAUCCGGCGAGAAGGAUACAUCCGACCCUGAAUUGAGCGAACCUGAUGAACCUAUAGAAGAGAAGAAGCUAGUCCCCAAAGAAAAGGUAUCUGCAAAGAAACAAAGGGCAGCGAAGGUGCCCAAUGCGAAACACCAAGUCAAGAAGGCUACUAAAGAUAUAUUUGAUCUUUCAAGUUCCGAGGUUGAGAAGGAGGCAGAGAAGGCUAAACCGGUUCCUCGGAAGAAACAAAGCUUAGGAGAUGCUGCGGAUCAUACAAGCACGAAAACCACAGAUGUUGCGCCAGUAAUAAAGAGACCUCGUGGGCGACCUCGAAAAUCAGACGUCUUGAAGAGAGAGAAGAUUGCCUCAAAACAAGCAGUACGGGAGAAAUUAAGCAGCAAGACCACAGAGCAAGACACAAAUAGAAGAAGAAGCUCCCGCAGGAAUGAGGAGAGUCCGGGGCCCUCGAAUUCGGACCACGAGGAACAGAAAAGCAGUAAUCGAUCGAAAAAGCAAGCCAAAACCCAUCUCGAAGUGCCGGAUCGGGUACGAAAUGUUAUUCUAUCACCAAGCAGAGGUAGACCUGGGUUGGCGUCGCGGAAGAGCGUAACCUUUGAGCACAAUGAAAAUGAUUUAGACCUGGGGUUUAAGGACCUUCCAAGAACUACAAGCGCCCAGAAAUCAAGAGAAGGUUCCAAGUCGAAGUCGGAGAGAGAUACGUCAAACAUCGAAGACCUUGAGGUAGUGGUGGAUGGUGAAGGGGUUGCUAUUGAUGAUGAGGGGGAGGCAGACGAUGCAGCUUGUAGCAUAUGUCUAAAAUUGCAUACCCGGAAAGGAAACCAGAUUCUUUUCUGUGAUGGCUGUGAUAAAGCCGUGCACCAAAAAUGCUAUGGGGUAAAAGAUAUUCCUGAAGGAAAUUGGUUCUGCAAAGACUGUAUACCGAACCAUCCACAAAUUGAUUUGAUUGAUCAAUCACUUAUUCCCGAAUCUGCUCUCCAAGGCCCAUGGGUAGAAAUAGUUGGGUUUGAAGAUCAGCUGAAACGCCUGCAGCGAGCUUUGUUAGACAAGAUGACGGGGCAAACACGAAUCAAGCUACGGGGACAUGAUGAGCAGAUGCAAAAGGUAUAUCAAGUAGUGGAGCAAACUGUUCUCGCUGGAGAGGGUAACUCGAUGUUGGUAAUAGGAGGGAGAGGUUGUGGGAAAACAACUGUAAGCACAGCUUCAUUUCUAUUUGCGCAUUUCUAACAUUAGACAAGCUUGUGGAGUCUGUGAUAUCUGAGAUAUCUUUUGAGCACAGAGAGCACUUCCAUGUUGUGCGACUGAAUGGUUUUAUUCAUACAGAUGACAAAUUAGCCCUGAAGGAGAUAUGGCGACAGCUUGGUCGAGAGAUGGAAGUAGAAGAUGAUAUGGCAAAGGUAUAUCCCAUCUGUUAUGUUUUCAUCGCGCAUUAUUGACAGAAAAUUAGACAAGCAACCAUGCGGAUACCUUAGCAUCUUUACUGGCAUUGUUGUCUCACCCUUCGGAGCUAUCUGAAUCUUCCGCUGAACAAACGGCAAAAUCUGUAAUUUUUGUCUUGGACGAGUUUGAUCUCUUCACCACUCAUGCCCGUCAGACCCUGUUGUACAAUCUAUUUGAUAUAGCCCAGGCAAGAAAGGCUCCAAUUGCUGUACUAGGCUUGACUACGCGAAUUGAUGUAGUAGAAAGCCUGGAGAAGAGAGUAAAGAGUCGUUUCAGCCACCGCUAUGUAUACCUGUCACUGCCUCGAAGUCCUCCGGUAUUUUGGGAUAUUUGUAAAGAAGGAUUGACUCUUGAUGAGGCUGAAGCUGCAGAUAUGGGCUUUGAUUCAUCAACCACUGGAAGCGACGAGUUUCUAUCAUUCUGGAAUGCAGCUAUAGAGGUGAGUUAUUGACAAUGGUUGACUCAUUUAUGACUGGCUAACAGUUGCAGGAACUCUACGAGAGAGACGAGUCUUUCAAGGAAUAUGUCCAAUCACACUACUUCCGAACCAAAUCUGUUUCGGCGUUUCUGACGUCCUGCAUUCUACCGGUUGCAACUCUCACACCGAAAAGCUUUCCUCUGACCGGCAAAUUCUUUGCGUCUACCACACUGUCACUGUCCCCACCUGACUCAAAGCUGCAUAUAUUGCAGGGCCUCUCGGAACUAGAACUUGCUUUGUUAAUUGCUGCCGCAAGGCUGGACAUCAUUCUUGAUACUGAUACUUGUAAUUUCGCCAUGGUUUACGACGAGUAUAGUUCAUUGACAUCUCGUCACAAAAUCCAAACCUCAAGCUCGGGAGUCAAUGCUCUGGGCUCGAGUGCUAAGGUUUGGGGUAGAGACGUUGCUUUGGGUGCAUGGGAACGACUUGCCGAGUAUGAGGUUUUGAUCCCAGCAGCGAUUGGUGGAAGUGGAGGAAAGGAUAUCGGUAUGGGGGGUCGCAUGUGGAAAGUUGAUGUAGGACUGGAAGAAAUACCAGGGAGUGUCGACGGACUUAGUAGUGUCAUGACAAAAUGGUGCCGGGAGAUUUAA